AUGCCAAAGCCCGAACCGGCAACACGGGCAUGGAAAGAGAAAUUAGCAGCACCAGCUAUUAAACACUUAUUGGCUGGCGGUGUUGCUGGUGCGGUAAGUAGAACGGUGGUUAGUCCUCUGGAAAGGAUGAAGAUCUUAUUUCAGGUACAAGGACCUCAACCAGCAUCAUAUCAAGGAGUAGUCCCGACAUUAGUAAAAAUGUGGCGAGAAGAAGGACUGCUGGGGUUUUUGCGCGGUAACGGGACAAAUGUGAUACGAAUUGUGCCAUACAGCGCGACACAGUUCGCCGCAUAUGAAAAGUAUAAACGCUUGCUUUUGGAAGAAGGGAAGGAAGAGCUAGACGCGAAACGUCGCCUAACAGCUGGUGCGUUGGCAGGUGUCACUUCUGUGUCGUGUACGUAUCCGCUCGAUAUUGUGAGAACGAGAUUGUCGGUGCAAUCGGCUACCAUUGGCGGCAUAUAUGCAUUAUAUCGUGGAUUAUCACCUACUUUGAUGGGAGUUGCUCCGUACGUUGCAUUAAAUUUCCACUCAUACGAAGUACUACGGAAAUUUUUCACACCAGAGAACAAAAACUCACCGCCAGUGUUUCAGAAGCUGCUAUGUGGUGCAUUGGCCGGAACUUUUGCACAGACGAUCACAUAUCCACUGGACGUGUUACGUCGACGUAUGCAAGUCACUGGGAUGAAGGCUGUUGGAUAUAAUUAUAAAAACACAUGGGACGCACUGACACAAGUCAUCAACAAGGAAGGAAUGCGGGGACUAUAUAAAGGCAUGAUACCAAAUUAUCUGAAAGUUGCACCCGCAAUCAGCGUCAGCUUCGUAACGUACGAGGCAUGUAAAGAUUUCUUGGGGGUCUCAUAG